AUAGGAAGAGGACGGUCUGUUGUUGUUCUGGCCUGUUUAGUCAAUGACAGGUCAACGUUGAUCGCGGUUGAAUGGCAGCAUCCGACAGUCGGCGGUCUCAACGGGAUUUCGAGGGAAAUAGAUCAAUUCCAAACGGCGAGGAAGAGCACAAUGUGAGGGAUACCGGAGUACAGACGGAUACCAGAGUACAAGGUCAUGGACCUCGACUGUCUAAAGCCAACCUCUUCACAUUGUUGAGUCUAUGGAUGGAAUUUUUCCCAAAGAAAGAGCCACAGCAACGAGAGAAUGAUUCUGCUAGAGACACUGGUCUUGUGGUGGUCCAUGAGCGCAGGGUCCUGGGUCUGCAUUGCUCCAGUGUGCAUUUACAUGCAGGACAGGUGGCUGUGGUCAAACAUGGCCCCAGACUGAAGGGAUGUGAUCUCUACUUCUCCAGAAAACCCUGUUCAACCUGCCUCAAAAUGCUCAUCAACGCUGGUGUUAGCAGGAUAUCAUACUGGCCCGGUGAUGCUGAGAUCAGUUUGCUGUCAGGUAAACAUGAUCAUACUGACUCCAGUCACCAGGAAGCCAUCUUUGAUGCAACAGCUGCAGAGAGACUGAAGUCUAACAGCAGACCCCACAUCUGUGUGCUCCUGCAGCCUCUGGACUGCACCAUGCAGCAGUUUGUGGAUGAAACGUCUCAAAAGUGUGAUUUCCUUGGGAAGAUUGCUGCGGACAAUCCUACUCUCAAUGUUAAGGAUCUCUUUAGAAGGGAAUGGUGGAACAACUUGGAUGAUUUCUUGGAAAAGUUGUUUAUAAAUGACGAGGAGCAGCAUAAGUAUGUGCUAAACAAGAUGGGACUGGAUAACUUUUGUGCGGAACCAAAUUUUAGUAACUUAAGGCAGCACAUGAGGAAUCUUAUUAGGAUUUUGGCAUCUGCCGCUGCAAGUGUUCCGGUUUUAGAAGACAAUUAUGGUUUCUUCAUGAGAGAGCCUUUAGGGAUGGGUUCUCCAGCUUUGCCUCAGGAUGUGGUGCGACACUGUAUCAUACAGGCCAGAUUACUGGCAUGUAGAACAGAGGAUCCUAAAGUGGGAGUUGGUGCAGUAAUUUGGGCCGAGGGCAAACAGUCACAAUGUGAUGGCACAGGUCAGCUUUACUUAGUGGGCUGUGGUUACAACGCCUAUCCAGUGGGCUCACAGUAUGCAGAGUAUCCUCAGAUGGAUCACAAGCAAGAGGAGAGACAGAACAGAAAGUACAGAUACAUCCUCCAUGCUGAGCAGAACGCACUCACAUUCAGGAGUGCAGAGAUAAAAGAGGAGGAGAACACAAUGCUAUUUGUGACCAAAUGCCCAUGUGAUGAGUGUGUCCCUCUGAUAGGCUGCGCUGGAAUAAAGCAGAUCUACACCACAGACCUGGACAGCAAAAAAGUCAAAAACGACAUCUCCUACCUCAGGUUUGACAAACUCAACGGCGUCCAGAAGUUUAUUUGGCAGCAGAAAUCUUCUGCUAGACAUAUGUCAGAACAAGCUGCUCCACCCACAGCAAAUGGCUACAUGAAACGAAAAGGAGAGGAAACUCAUUUUCAGUGCAAUAAGAGACUGAGAUCAUAAAAGUCAUUUCAAAAGCUGCUCUCCUGUCAUUAUGACAGCAACAUGAUGUUCAAAUGUGACUCUUUCAGUUCCUGGUGAAGAACUUUAUUUCACCUGCAGCAUGAUUCGAAUCAACAUUGUCUUAUGAUUACAAUACAGCAUAAAAGAGGGAAAUUGUUUUAUGCUUUUAUCAGUUUACCAGUACAUCUUGUUAUAAGUUUAAUUAUAUGAAAUUUAGAAAUGAGAUUUUUGGUUUAAAGGUUUUCAAAUUGCACAAAACAAAGUUUUUAAAUGGAAAUAAUUGAAAGGAUAAGC